GGCGCGCUCGGUCAGAUGACACAGGCCCCGCCCCCUCCCUGCCUUAUAUGGCUCAGAGCGGGUUAUUCUUAAAGGGCCCGCACCUCCACGCCUUCUCUUCUGCUGCACCGGCUCCCGGGUUCGUUGUUCGGUCUCUCGCUCCCUCGUCAUCAUGUCGGAUAAACUCUCGUACAAAGUCGCGGACAUCACCCUGGCCGAAUGGGGGCGUAAAGCCAUUGAAAUAGCGGAGAAUGAGAUGCCCGGGCUGAUGAAGAUGAGGGAGAUGUACGGCAAGACCAAGCCGCUGAAGGGAGCGCGAAUCGCGGGGUGUCUGCACAUGACCCUCCAGACGGCCGUCCUGAUCGAGACCCUGACAGCGCUGGGAGCCGAGGUGCAAUGGUCCAGCUGUAACAUCUUUUCCACUCAGGACCACGCUGCCGCCGCCAUUGCCAAAACCGGUGUGCCAGUCUAUGCCUGGAAAGGAGAGACGGAUGAAGAAUACCUCUGGUGCAUCGAGCAGACCCUGUUCUUUCCUGAUGGGAAACCCCUGAACAUGAUCCUGGAUGAUGGAGGAGACCUCACCAACCUGGUCCACACCAAGCACCCCGACUUACUGAAAGGCAUUAAAGGAAUUUCUGAAGAGACGACCACGGGGGUUCACAACCUGUAUAAAAUGAAGAACGAGGGGACCCUGAAGAUUCCGGCCAUCAAUGUCAAUGACUCAGUAACCAAGAGUAAGUUUGAUAACCUGUAUGGCUGCCGAGAGUCGCUGAUCGAUGGCAUCAAGCGCGCUACCGACGUGAUGAUCGCAGGGAAGGUCGCAGUUGUUGCUGGAUACGGAGAUGUUGGGAAAGGCUGCGCUCAGGCGCUGAGAGCCUUCGGUGCCAGAGUCAUCAUCACAGAGAUCGACCCAAUCAACGCCCUGCAGGCGGCCAUGGAAGGUUAUGAAGUGACCACGAUGGAUGAAGCCUGCAAAGAGGGGAACAUAUUUGUCACCACAACAGGAUGCGCAGACAUAGUGGAGGGGAGACACUUUGAGCAGAUGAAAGACGAUUCCAUUGUCUGUAACAUCGGCCACUUUGACGUAGAACUUGAUGUAAAAUGGCUGAAUGAUAACUCCACGAAGAAAGUGAACAUCAAACCUCAGGUGGACCGAUACCUCUUGAAAAAUGGCCACCACAUCAUUCUUCUAGCGGAGGGCCGCCUGGUGAACCUCGGGUGUGCUAUGGGUCACCCCAGCUUUGUCAUGAGUAAUUCAUUCACUAACCAGGUCAUGGCUCAGAUUGAACUUUGGACCAACACUGACAAAUAUCCCGUCGGAGUGUAUUUCCUGCCCAAGAAGCUGGAUGAAGCCGUGGCCGCUGCCCAUCUGGACAAGCUCGGCGUGAAACUGACCAAACUUACAGACAAGCAGGCAAAGUACCUGGGCCUGGAAAAGGAAGGACCCUUCAAGCCCGACCAUUACCGAUACUGAGAGCCGCGUCCGUGACCCAAAGAACUUCAGCGCCCGACCCCUGUAUCCGUAUCCAGCUGCGUGACCCCCCGGAGCGCCUGCCUAGUCUCCGCCUCUGGGGUGUGAUCGGGGGCGUCCACCAAACAGACAAGGCUUUACUGCUAUGAAGAUCCAAAGUCAAUGGUUAAAGAUCCCGUCUUGUAACGUGUUCGGUUUUUCUGUGAUGCAAAUUGUAUAAAAGCGACUUUUUGUUUCUA